AUGGCCGACGGCAAUAGCACUCAUACCUCGGUGUCUACUGAAGGUCGUGUAGCUUGUAUUUCCGAACCACUUCAGGCGCAUCGGCAUCGGCAUCCGCCCUCUACUGAGAAGCUUACUGUGUGGCUUAUUGGGAGGCUGAAACUCGUCAUCACAAAGGGGGGUGAGCCGACGACUUAUCAAAGCCAAAGGCCACCUCCUCAAAGGACUUACCUCUCUCUCAGCAGUGGGAAUGUUACAUUUUCUUUAGCCCUGCUAUUCAGCUUCGUGGUAGACUACUUGGCAAUCAUGCUCGACACGAAACUCGCCGCGGCCUUUACCAUCGGCACUUCGUGCCUGUGGCGGCUACCAUCUUCUAAUUACUACACAGUCACCCUGUGGGGAUCACUCGGAUCAUCACCGCCCAGAUCUACCUCACAUUGCAAGUAUCCGUACAGGGCUGGAACAGGUCCAUUUCGCCCUUUCGCAGCCCUCUUCUCCUCCGUCAUUCGCCCGGCACUAGAGAUUCCCGACCUAACCUACCCCCGGCCAGCCCGGACCACGCCGGAAGGCUUCCCCGUCGCUCCUUUUUCGACCUCCUGCAUUAGCUCCCGCGCCGUCCCAGCAUCAUGGUUCUUAGAACGCAUCUUACUCGCCGUGUGCAUCGAGACGGGCAAAUUAGCAAAACCCUCGGAUGCGGCAGGGAACACCACUAUCGUUGGAUCGGGACCUGGGGAUGGGGGAGGGACGGACGGGGUUGUCGAAGAUCAGAUGCACGAAAUGAGUAACCCGAUGAUUCGCAACAACAGCCGGGGGGUUCCCUCGACGUCAAAGCUGAACGUUUUGGUUUGUACUGGGCGAAUUUGCCAUUGCGGCCUAGUGGCUCAACGGCAUCAAACAUGUUAUGGGCGCAUGGCUAGCCAAGUAUUUGACGAAAUCGAGGUCUGUCGUCCUUCGCCCAUGAGGGCUAGUCGUCACGUCGUAAGAACCUGGCCACCCUGCCGUCCUUGGUUCGAAUGCGUCUGCGGAAAUCCGUUCUACUGCAAAGAUGACGGUGCUAGCUCGCAUAGCGCUGCGACGUCCAAACCUCACCGACUGUGCACCAUCUCCUCGCCUUGUUACGCCCAGUCCGUCCUAUCCCCAAGACCCAAUGGAAGAUCGUCCCAAGCAACUCACAUGGUCUCGCCUUCCUGCAAGCCAACCGUCCUACGCACGGCUUGGGCUAUCAAACCCAUGUGCCUUAUACACUAG